GCAAAUAUGGCCGUUGUUUGCUUUUAUGGAUUUAAUGAAUAGAAUACAACUGGAAAAUGAAAGUUUUCUCAUUAGUUAUAGUGUUCCUGAUAUUCCUUACCUUUGAAGAAGUUCAUUUUAGCAGAAUAAAUCAAUGUCCAGUAAAGAGAAGCACUGGGUGUACUACUAUAACAGUGGUCCAGCCUCGUUGUCAGAACAACUAUGUUUACCCGCAGAGGGAGUACAAAGCUAGCCUCAACAUCAGAACAUGUAUCGCAAGAAGAUUCUUUCGCAUCUACUGGUUCGUUCGGAGCGGGGGAAGACGGAUUCUCCUGAAUUGCCGGAAUAAAGAAGAGUGUACCGUCAAAGACUCCAAGCUACGCAGCAAGCGAUUCUUAUUGGAAGCUCGCAUUUUUAUUUUCAACUCUGAACAGAAACCUACCAGGCGUUCCAUUUUUGUGCCAAUUAUCUUUAGCAAAAAGUCACUGUCCACUAUCAUAGACCUUGUUGAUAGACAGAAGAUACAGAUCGCUGACGCAAUAAAAGUGAUGAGAUACUUAACGUCAUCAAAUUCAAUAACGCAGAACGAUGCAGGCACAAAGAAAAAACUUCAACUAAAAGUUCGAAUCUUUCUCCAUAAGUAUAUUGCAAACAAAAAGAAUAAAAAACCAAUAACGUCAAAUCGGUGGAUUCCUAUUGGUAGGACCAAUACUCCGAACGGAGUGUCCAAAAUUUCGAUGCUUGCACAGUCGUCAACGGAACCAUACAGAGAGGCAUUUCGAAAUAGUUUGAAGACAUUACUGAUGAAGGAAAACGUGACUUCCGAGUAUCUCUCUAGACUCACCCGAAUCGUUCAAACCAUGGCCAAGAGCAUUUUACUUCAAGCACAAGCUAAUCCCCAAUACGACAGAAAACAGAUCGACUACCAUUUGCAUAACAUGACCUCAAAGAUCUGGACACUUCUGAAGAAUAUGAACUCAACGGGGCACAGAAUACACCCAAAGAUGUUCACACAGGCUUAUUGGUCUUCGUGGGGAAACUGGAGUCCAUGUUCCAAGGAAUGCAAGAGAAAGAAAUACAGCACUCGUAGCAGAACGUGUUUUGUAAAUGAAGAUACUUACAAAGCAUGUAAAGGUCAUAGUUCAGAGGUCAGGAAAUGCCCCUGUGCCCCGAAACCAAAGCCCCCAAAGCCUACUGGACCCACUGUCGUUAAGGGGGUGUGGGCAUCCUGGGGCCAGUGGAGCCUGUGUUCAGUUACGUGUGGUCUUGGAAAAGAACAACGCUACCGGAAAUGCAAAUCAACGAAACACGAGUUCCGCCACGCCGAUACGAUUGUCAAAUGUGAGGGAAGCAGCAAGUCUACUCGUUCCUGUAUCACAGCUGCGUGUGGAUCAGAAAAAGCUGAGUACAAGCAGUUUCAAGGAAGCAGUACCACUUUGUCUUGUAAGACCGAUGACAAUAUAGUCUACAAGUCGUUGUACUGGGUCAGUCCUCACGGCAAGCGAUACAGACCGGGCAAGCACGCUGGAAGAAUAUCGGUUACCAAGGAUGGCCAACUACAUAUCAAACACGCGCAUCGGGAAGACGAAGGGACAUAUUAUUGUAUAAUUCCAAUUUCCGAUGGAAACAUCAUAGGAAGUGCCCAAAUAAUGGUAAUGACCUGCGAAGAUGACCCGUGCAAAAAUGGCGGCACGUGCAUUGAACAGAAAUAUGAAAUAAUAUCCAAACCAAGUUCCUUUGUGUGUACGUGUCCUUACGGUUUUCGUGGAAGUUUUUGUGAGGAAGAAUUGAAACAGUUGAAAAGAUUUCUGAUUGUGAUACCCAUCUGUGCUGGAGUGCUAAUGAUGACGUGCAUGAUAAUAAUAGCUUCUAUAAGCCUCAAGAAGAAGAAACAAUGCAAACCCAUUGAAGACAAACCACGAAAUUGGACCGAGAAAAACCAAAUACUAUCAAAGAGCAAUUCAAAAUCGAAGAAAAAAUCAAAAGUUGAAAAGAAAAGCAAACAAAACACGAGUGUUGUGAGCGGUGACGACUCACUGAAGGAAAUUGACGCAAAGGACAUUGAACAAUUGAUGUCCCCAGUAAAGACCAGAAAAACGAACGUUUCAUACAAAAGACAAUCAGUAAAACAGCCAGAAGAUAGACAUUAUGAUGAAAUCUUGUCACCAGCAAAUCCAGAACAGUCUAAAUACUCGUACACUAGACAACCUAUCGCUAAUUCAGGGUCAAGCCAACGAAGGGGUCAACUAUAUCCGUCAACCUCGGAGGAAAUUAAAAAGUGGUACACCAGUCCUAAUAGUAAUGCUGACUACUAUACAUCGCCCAUGCAAGUUAACGUUUAUGAAAAUUAUCCUGUAGACGGUAAGCCUCUGUAUGCCAACUUCCCAGAGAGUACUCGCAAAACAGAAAACCAAAAGAAAGGCGAAGGAAAAUCUAUUGUGGAAGUUAAGACUAAUAAUGGAGAAUAUGAGAACAUGAGUUCUCCUCUGACUGGUGGAAGUAAUUUGGGAUCCUCGGAUAUGGGAGGGUUUAAAUUGAUUCACAAAUCAUUGACUCCUUCAAAAAAUACUAUUCGUAGGUAUCCAACUGCUGAGCUUCCCACAGAUUUAGCGGAUGAGCAAGUGUUUGAAGAGAGAAAUAUGAGCAAUAUUAAUGCAGAAACCGAGAAAUACUGUCACCCUGCAGACAUUUGCGGAAACCAGUCGUUAAAAUUAAAAGUAAAAAAUGUUGCAAAUAGCAGUCAAGAAGAUUUCUAUGACCAAGAUAUAUCCCAUACAAAUUCAGAGUUACUUUUCCAUCGUUUUAAACCAAAACCCAGCAGCAAAGAAGACCAGUUUGAUUGUGUAUUAGAUUUUGACUAUUCCAGAAACAAUGCUCGUAGUAUUCCACAUGAAAAGAAAAAUCAUGCUUUUCACAACACAAUCGAUAGACCAAAGAAGAAUCGAGAGUUUUCUAUUUCAUCUAGUAGGCAAGGCAAGAACAACUUAGAGUUACCCAAACAAGAACAUUUUGGACAGAAUCGAAAUGUCCCACCACAACCUCCCUUUCAAAGCAUGCAGCCACCACAGCUCCUUUGGAAAACUAAAGCGUCGUUAUCAGACAUGCAAAUGAUGAAAACGAUUCAUAAUGAAAACUUUGAAGACUAUCUUGUCUAUAAGGAUAGAAGAAAGUGCAGGAGUUUCACAGAAAAAGAUGGGUUGGAAGAUAAUGACGAUAUUGUUUUCCAGAGGAGAUGUCAACCAAGAAGCGACAGUUCAGAUAAACAAUCUGAGAAAGAAACUGAUGGUCUCACUUCCACAGAAAGAUUUGGUAGUUCUAGACAAAGUACCUUCAAUGCUGUUGACAGCCCAAAUGAUUCCAAGCUGAGAAAUAUAUCAAACAACGAUGAUUUUGAUGACGAGGUGACUUUCAACAAGCAGGAUGCAAGAUCUUCAAUAUUUGUACCAGACAAUGAUGAUAGCGAUAAUGACAUCGUCUACCACAGAAAGUAUUUACAGAAAUCUAUUAGAAGACUUGCCAUGGGAAAAGACAAAGAUGGAAAGAUAAACUCCACAGAACCUACUGUUACUGCGGUGAAGAAAGAAAACAAAUCAACGGAAAAUGAAGAAACAAAGGACGAAAUAUAUUCAUAUCAAAGGAAGUCACCUGGGAAAAAUACAGACGAAACACUGAUUGACAGCACACCCCAGGGUUUUAUACCUUGUGAGAUUGAAAAGGAGUUUUCUCUGGCAUACUCAAAUGAAGAUACUUACUGUAAGGUGGCCUCACCAGUGACCCCAAAGGAAUCAUUGCCUGGGGAUGACAGUUCUAGUUUGGAAUCGAGCGACACGGACAAUGAAACAGUUGUUUCUGAAACCGAGCAAAACAUAGGCAAAAUCGAAGAAAAGACGUAAAGGUGAACACAUAGACAAUCAUUCAAAGUUUGAAAUUAAUCAAAAUCCAGGUUUUAUUAAACAGCUAUCUCCGUGAGUCCUCAUGCUUUCAUAUAAACCCUUGAUUGCUUUUUAGUACAGUGAGUACAGAAAUUCUACUUAAAUAUCCAUACAGAUGCUGAACGAAUGAGAAUGAGAUGUUACAUUUCCAAAGAUGGUUUUAUGGAAAAAUGUACACAAAUCUUUAUAUUUGAUAAUAUAAAUAUUAUGCGUGCUCGCCUAUCUUCGAAAUGAUAUGUUAAUAUAGAUUUAUGCAUUAAAUUAUUCACGUUAAAAUGGUAUACACAAGUUUAUUAUAAACGAAGUGGUCACUAAUCUUGGCAAAAUCAGACUGAUAUGUUCUCUUUAAGCUUUCUAUAUUCACAUAAAACUUUUUCUCUGAAAAAAUACAUAAACAUGCAUUCUCAGAUAUACUUACGUUUACAUAUCUUGGUUUUUGUAACUAAAUAUAUUCAAUAUAUAAAAAAUAAUUUUAAUUUAUAUUCUAUGAAUAAUACUUACAUGUACAAUAAUCAAGUAUCCACCAUCUCGACAAACUGAUGGAAUGAUUGUUAUAAAUUACUGCAUCCCUAGUUAUGGAACAAGUGGCCUAAAUUUCUUUAAAAAGGGCAAAUUUGUUUUUUGAGGCGGUUUCUUGUUCUAUACAGGAAAAGAUUUUGACUCUGCAACUAUGCCAUAAUUAUGAGAAAAUCAGGGCAUCUGAAUGUUUUUCUAUGACCCUUUUAAAGCAGGAAAUACUAAAUGUAUUAAUUUUUUAGAUAUACAGUUCCCACAAACCUUGAUAAUUGCCAGUGGACAACGAGAUGGUUCCUAAUGUGAAAUUGAAAUUUAUUUAUUCUUUAAAAUGAGAAACAUUGAUUUAACUGAUAUUUCUUUCACAAAAAAGAAAAUGUUUUGUGUUU